CUGGCUCAUAAAACAAGGCAGUCAUCGGGCCAUUCGUUUGUGUUUGUUUGUUGUUCAGCAGUUUUAGGGUGUUAGACCCGAAGGUUUCUCUGUCGAUUCAGCAGCACUCGAGUUUGUCACUUAUCGAUUAUAUUUAUUGUAGCGCUGUAGACUUUUAUAAAGAGGGAAACAAAGCUGUCAUCACAGCGCUUCCUGUUUUUUUUUAUUACAUCGGUGUUGCAACCAAACAGAACACAACAGCUGCGAAUGCAAACUUGGUUAUUGCGUGAUAGCUGACUAGUUAACUAAGCAACUAGAGGUUUUAGAAAAAAGCAAUUUGGAUGGUUUAUUUUUGUAACUUAUUUUUCAACUAUUGGACUGAAACAUUGUUUUGAAUCCCUUUCGGCGAGCUGACUUCGCUGUUGAGCAGAACAAUGCGCUUCGCACCUAUCCCCUGCGCCGUGGUGUUGCUGUGUUGUGUUCUGCUGUUGUGCUCGAUACCGUUGGGGACCUCGUUCCCCGUGCAGGACGAGGGGAAACCGGGCAUAACGUUUCUGGAAGAGGUCGGGCGUCUCCGGGUCGGGUUCAACUGGCGGAACCUGACCUGUCCGGUGUGCAAAGUCCUCUUCACCAUCCUGGAUGUCGCUCUGCUGAGUGAUGUUAAUGAGGAACGUGUUGCGUGGGCUGUGGGUGAGGCCUGUAUCCGUCUCCACCUGGCUGAAGAGCGGGUCUGUCGUCAAAUCACAGAGCUGUUCAGAGAUGACUUCAUCAGGGCCUUGCAACAGUCUCUGUUGUGGCCGUCGGAGGCCUGUGCUCUGCUGGUUGGGAGGUCAUGCGGACGCUUCGAUAUCUAUGCCCCCUGGAACGUAACCCUACCCCGGAUCCCCAAACCCCCAGUCACCCCGCCCGCACCCCCCAAGCCUGGAGCACCACAGAGCAGGGUCCUCUUCCUCACAGACAUACACUGGGAUCAGGACUAUGCAGUGGGCAGCUCUGCUGACUGUAAGGACCCGCUGUGCUGUCGUAAUGAGUCUGGAUCUCCCAGCUGGAAUCAGAGAGCGGCUGGGUUCUGGGGCUCCUACAGUAAAUGUGACCUGCCCCUGAGAACUGUGGAGAACAUGUUGGAGAACGCAGCGCGAACCGGACCGUGGGACUGGGUCUACUGGACAGGAGACAUACCUGCUCAUAACAUCUGGUCUCAAACCAGGAAGCAGCAACUGUCUGAACUCACCGUUGUCACCAGACUGAUCCACAGUCACCUAGGUAACUUGAAGGUUUACCCGGCGAUCGGUAACCAUGAGAGCACCCCGGUCAACAGUUUCCCCCCGCCGUUCGUCCAUGGCAACCGGUCGUCGCGCUGGCUCUAUGACACCAUGGCCGAGGAGUGGGCGCCAUGGUUACCAGAACAGGCCCUGAAGACUCUUAGGCAUGGUGGGUUCUACACGGUAGAGGUCCAGCCAGGUCUUCGAGUGGUGUCUCUGAACAUGAACUUCUGUGCCAGGGAAAAUUACUGGCUGAUGGUCAACUCUACUGACCCUGCUAACCAGCUCCAGUGGCUGAUCCACAUACUACAGGCCAGUGAAGAGAAGGGAGAGAAGGUCCACAUCAUCGGUCACAUCCCCCCUGGUCUCUGUUUGAGCAGCUGGAGUUGGAACUACUACCACAUCAUCAACCGGUAUGAGGGUACGAUCACGGGUCAGUUCUUCGGCCACACGCACAUGGAUGAGUUUCAGAUGUUUUAUGAUGAGGCGACGAUGACUAGGGCCGUGGGCGUGGCCUUCAUCGCUCCCUCCAUCACCACCUAUGUCAACCUCAACCCAGGUUACCGGGUCUACCUGGUCGACGGUAACUACAAGGGCAGUUCCCGGUUUGUUCUGGACCACGAGACGUAUAUCUUAAACCUUACAGAGGCUAACCGACAGCCUGAAGGGGGGGUCUCCUCCCUGCUCCCCACCACCUCACAACACGCCAUCUUCCACCCUGACCCAAACCCCAAAUGGACCCUCCUCUACCGUGCUUCCGAAGCCUACGGCGUCUCAUCCCUGUUCCCGUCGGACUGGGACGGGCUGAUCAGGACCUUCCUCCAGGACGACCGUGUGUUUCAGCGGUUCUGGUACCUCAGACAUAAAGGCCAUGUGUCAGAGCCCUGUAUAGACGCCUGUAAGACAACCGUUGUCUGUUUCCUACGUUCAGGUAGAUAUGACGAGCUGGAGCAGUGUGACCUGUUGGAGUUCGGGGGAGAUAUGGUUUCAGCUGUUAGGAAGACACUGUGUUGAACAGAGAUGAUGGGGGGGGGGGGGGGGGGGGGUUGGUUAACUUUGAAUGUUGGUCAUGUUGUCACCAACUGUUCAAGACAUUGAAUGUGAUUCUGGGUAAGUGAAAUGUCAUGGAACACUGGUUGAUGGUCUGGUUCUUUUGGUUCAACCUGUCUGUCCAAUCAGUAUCUGCGUUGUCAGAGGAUAUUUACAGCUAGUGAAUGUCAAAAUAAUGGGAAGGAAAAAAAACGAUUUAGAUGUUUUCAAGUUUUGUUUUUACAAAGACAGAACGUUUAGUCUCUUCACUGAGGAGUUGAGUCCUGAAGUGUUCAUAGUGAAGUCUCCAAAGGGUUGCAUUGAUAGUGUUACUGCAUUAAUUUAGCCUAAUAGAUUUCAUCACGUUGCGAUAGAGUUGAAGGUGUCUAUGCUCAGUCCGGGGCGUUUUCAGAAUGACCGGCUCAGCCCGGGGCGUUUUCGGAACUGACUGGCUCAGCCCGGGGCGUUUUCGGAACUGACCGGCUCAGCCCGGGGCGUUUUCGGAACUGACCGGCUCAGCCCGGGGCGUUUUCGGAAAUGACCGGCUCAGCCCGGGGCGUUUUCGGAAAUGACCGGCUCAGCCCGGGGCGUUUUCGGAAAUGACCGGCUCAGCCCGGGGCGUUUUCGGAAAUGACCGGCCUUAAUUUUCUGGUUUUGUGAAAGCUGUUUUAGGAACUGCUAACUCACCUUGGUGUCCAGAUUUUAUUAUUGAACCAUUUUCAGCUCUGUAUUUGUCUUCAGUGAGUUGUUUGCACAUGUUGUGAAAUGAAUAUACUGGUGAUUUUCAGAGUCUACUACACCAAUACCUUCCACUCUCAUUCAGCACUUUAAUUUCUGCUGUGGAUUGUCCUGUGUGUGUGUGUAACAUGUCUGUAAUUAUUAAAAAUAUGAGAAUUUUUGUGAAUAAAGAUGCAUUUUGAGAUUUACUUAA